UCGCUCGAGGCUGUGCCCGGAAGUGCCCGACCGGGCAAUGUAGCUGAUAGAGAAGGGUUCCGGGAGAGGUUUAGUUCCGGGGACUCCUCCGCAUGAACAGCGGCCGCCGCCACGGCUUAGGCUGCAACGAUGAUCCCGAUCCCGGUGGUGGUGUGCGUGCUGGGGGGCUGGUGCACCAUCUACCUGGUGGAUACGCUGCUCAAGUCAUCCAACACUCUGAAGGCAUCUUAUGAAGACUGGCUGCUGACAUACGGCUUGAGCAUCUCUCCUUUUCGCAUGCGAUGGCAAACAGCUCUCUUCAACCGCCAGUUUUACAGCUGGGGAAGAUGGAAACCCAGAUUUCUGUAUUUAUGGUUCAGCAUAGGAAUGGUGUUUGGCAUAGUUGCCAUGUUUGGCUCUGUUGUUCUUCUUGGAAAGACACUGAUGCAAACACUGACACAGAUGCUCACAGAGGCACCAAAAGCCCAGAAUGAUCGUAUGCUGCAAGUUGUGGUGCCUGGUGUAAAUUUGCCUGUCAGCCAGCUGACCUAUUUCUUCUCUGCAACCCUCAUCAGUGGUGUGAUACAUGAAGUCGGCCAUGGGGUGGCAGCUAUUCGAGAACAAGUACGAUUUAAUGGAUUUGGGAUUUUUAUCUUUGUUGUCUAUCCUGGAGCAUUUGUUGAGCUCUUCACAACCCACUUGCAACUGAUAUCUCCAGUCCAGCAACUAAGGAUAUUUUGUGCAGGAGUGUGGCAUAAUUUUGUUCUUGGUGUUGCAAGUUUCAUGGUUCUGUUUCUGCUGCCAGCCAUUCUUUUCCCUUUCUAUUACACGGGUGUUGGGGCACUUGUCACUGAGGUUGCAGAGGAUUCUCCUGCCAAUGGACCAAGAGGUCUUUUUGUGGGAGACCUUGUCACUAAUCUGCAAGACUGCCCAGUUUAUAAUGUAGAAGACUGGAAUUCCUGUCUGGGAGACAUUUCAGAGAAGUCACAGGUUGGCUACUGUGUAAGUGCAGCCACCCUACAGCAAUUAAGCUUUCCAGCUAGAGUCUAUAGAAGACUUGAUGGCACAGUUGAAUGUUGUAGUAACAACAGCCUCACAGACAUUUGCUUUUCAUACAGCAAUAACUUGGACAGCCAACUGUAUGCCUGUCUGCCAGCACGAAAAGUUAUUGAAGCCAGCAAAGUUUGUCGAACCAACAUGGACUGCCAGAAAGACUUCGUUCCUAGUUUUUGUGUGACUCCUUCUUUAGAGAACCAAACAAGGCUCAUCAGGGUAAAACAUCCACCCCAUAUUGACAUGCUGUAUGUAGGACACCCCAUGCAUCUUCAGUAUACAGUAAGUCUCAGCAGUUUUGUACCACGACAAAACUUUCUAAGCAUCGAUCUGCCUGUGGUGAUAGAGACAUUUUGCAAGUGCCUCAUUUCAUUGUCUGGAGCACUGGCAGUUAUCAAUGCCGUACCCUGCUUUGCUUUGGAUGGUCAGUGGAUACUAAAUUCAUUCCUGGAAGCCACUCUGAGCUCCCUGAUUGUAGAGAAACAAAACAGAGAGCUUGUUGGCUUUUUAAUUUUGCUUGCUGGUAGUGCACUUUUGGCUGCCAAUGUUGCACUGGGACUUUGGAUGGUGACAGCACGAUAGAACAUUGGAUAUGUUUCCAUCAAUUCUAAGAGUACACAGAAAUAAUGAAUCCAUUGCCUUUUAAAACUUGUUCAGUGCUGAGACUGAAAUAAUUCCCUUAAAAUGACACUGAAAGAAAAAUGAGUGGUGUCUGCUGUUUUAAUUUAAAACUAUACAGUCUUGUGCCUGUGGUCAUGGGAACUCUAAUAGAAACAAGUAUGAACAUUUUAUAUACUGUUUUAAGCACUGUGCUAAUCUUAGAGAGAUUCCAUUGUAAAGAUUCACAGGAAAAAGCCUGAGAAUUAAUUCAGAUCUCAAAGUGAGGGAAUUACUUGGCCUCAAGCAUUUGUAAAGUGGGAUUAAAAACCACUUAGAUUUUACUUUACAAGUUGAAUAAUUGUCAGAAAAAGAGUGUAAGCUCUGAUCGCUUCUCAGUCAGCAUAGUCUUGAGUGUCUUGUUUGGGUUUUUUUCUAUCUGGUAUUUUACCAAACUGGACUCUGAGAAUGCCCCAAAGUCUGGUCUCAAAAUGGUGAAAAGCUCAGUAGUUGCUUACCAUGUGGUAAUGAGAAAGGCCAUAUGGGUUAGUAUCUUUCCUUUUCAGCUGGACAAAAUGACUGGAAGCAUGUUGUCCUCAGGAUGUAGAUGAGAAGUGUCAGCAUCUGUUAAGAAUGAAGCAUGUGGGAGGGUACCAAAGCCCACAUGACUGUGUUUCUUAUAAAUUCAGUUGUAUAAUAUACGCAGCUGAAGACUUUUCAAAGGCAAUAUUUGUCAGCAAUAGCUACAAAAUAAUCGGAAUUUAGUUUCUGAGUGCUGAAGUAUUCUGUGCACAGUUAUUCCUAAGUGAUAAAUAAUGUUUGUGUUGUUUACUCAGAAAAAUAAUAUUGUUAUUAUUAAA